AUGGCGACCAAGGAAAGAUUUGCGUUGGUCACAGGGCGUAGGUUGGUUGGCCUGCGUAGAUGUGGGAAAGGCGGAAUAGGCGAGGCGCUCGUGGUAGAGUACAAACGGCAGGGCCUCCGGCCCGUCGCAACAUUGCUCCCGUUCGAGGACAGCCAACAUCUAGAUGAUGCGGGAACCAUGUGGUUCCCGCUCGACGUAACGCAAGAAGACUCGGUUCGCGAGCUGAAGAAUCACAUGUUAGAGCUCACAGGAGGCUAUACCAUGACGGCGAUAGACACUGAUGUGGCCGCUGUUGCCAAAAUGUUCGAUGUCAACGUCUUCGGGCCUAUGCGUAUGGUGCACCACUUCCACGACAUGCUCAUCCAAUCUUCUGGCACAAUUGUCAGUAUUGGGUCAGUCGGCGGCAUCGUGCCCUACGUCUAUGGAUCCGCGUACAACGCCACGAAAGCCGCCCUUCAUCACUGGUCGAAUACACUACGGGUUGAAAUGGAACCGCUGGGUGUCAAGGUCGUCAUAAUCAUUUCUGGUAACAUCGGAACAAACAUACUCAAGGGCGAUCAAGGCGUGGGAAGAGAGCUCAGAAAGGGAUCCUACUUUUCACCAUUGGCUCAGGAGUUCAAGGACCAUGUUAACAGAGUUCCCGACACGACAGAUCGUUUCCAGUACGCCUCAAAGGUCGUCCAACAAAGCCUGCGAUCUGCACCCCCGGCUUGGUUUUGGUACGGCAAGACGACUCGGAUUGUGCGUUUUCUCGACUCUUUCGCUUGGCGGAACGUUUGGGACGGAUUCAUGUGGAACAUGUUCAAUUUCAAAAAGUUACAGGCCGCACGGAAAUCGCUUUAGUUUGGGAAGUUGGUUGCUGGCCGUUGGCUGUAGUCAAGGACACCUAGUUAUAGGAUGGUAUUUUCUUCCGUGGAGAAACACGUUUUGUUGGAGUAGCACUCAGGGACGACCGUACGACAAUCCCAUGAGCCAGGGAUUAGUGAUCUGGGAUUUGUGUUUGGACCCUCGGACCGAGAAGGGAUUAUCUGAAAUAAUAUCUGAAACUAACUGCAUCGUAUAAGACCAGUAUAAAUAGCUUGUACGACAGCCAAGUUUACAGUUAGAGAAGACAGCCACAGAAUUAUGAAUCUUUGACUCACCC